AUGGUAUGUUCUAGACUGUCUGUGCCAUUGCGCAAGCUCUUCAAUCCUCCAUCGCGAUCCAACUCCCCUGUCCGCUCUCGCUCCCCCUCUCCUUCCGUAGCACAAUGGCCCAGCGAUGACGAAGACUUUGAGUAUGAUUCCGAUGCAGAGCGACGCCGUGCCAUUGACCAGCACCUCGCCGACUCUGCAGGACCGACCCACGACUCGAUCGGGAUGGGCCCCGGGCGCACGGGUGUGAAGGGUGUACUGCGCGACCAUGCUGAGGCUGCAGCACUCGCCAGGAAGCAGCGUGCGGAGGAGAUUUCGGCUCUUAACCGUGCGAUGGAGAAGGCGAGUUUGGGUGGAAAGACGUGGGGAGAGGAGGAGCGCGAACGUCUGCUUCAAGCAGGCAAGGUCUCCAGCCUCAUCGAUGGCGCUGCAACCCAUCGCGGUCGGUUUGGGCACCUCAUGGAAGUUGGUGUGCGGAGCUUCGUGCAGGCAGUAGAGGAGGAUCGGAGCGUGUGGGUAGUGGUGCACAUAUACGAUUCGUCUCUCGACCGCUGUGCAGCUUUAGAUGAUAAACUUUCCUCACUUGCGCGGGUAUACCCUUCUGUCAAGUUUCUCCACGUCCGAGCCGGUGCUCUCGGGUUUGCAAGCCUCAAAAAGUCGACACCCUCUACAUCUGGAUAUCCGUCCCGCUUUCCCACCACACAUGACGACGAUGGCGACGAUCCGUAUGGAAAUGAGAGCGACGAAGAUGAUAAAGGCGAGGACGCUGGCUGGGAAGACGACGAUGUCGAUACAGACGUCCUUCCGACAAUGCUAGUAUAUCGCGGAGGUAUUCUGGAGCACAAUUGGGUCCGAGUCGAUUGGGAAGCACAAACUGGAAUAGAACACCUUCUUAAAAGACACGAUAUUUUACGGGAAUCAGAGGCAAAAAAAGUUUCUACAUUCGCAUAUGAUCUAUCCGCCGACGACGACGACCUCGACGAUGGCGAGCUUGUAUUCGGUGGAAGUGACGAUGAGGUUUGA